AUGUUCUACUUCCACUGCCCCCCGCAGCUAGAGGGCACGGCCCCCUUCGGAGGACACUCCGCCGGCGACUUCGACGACGGGUUCCUGCGAAGGAAGCAGCGCCGCAACCGCACCACCUUCACCUUGCAGCAGCUCGAGGCCCUGGAAGCUGUUUUUGCUCAAACCCACUACCCCGAUGUGUUCACUCGAGAAGAGCUGGCUCUGAAAAUCAACCUCACGGAGGCCAGGGUGCAGGUGUGGUUCCAAAAUCGAAGGGCUAAAUGGAGAAAGACAGAGAGGGGUGCUUCUGACCAAGAGGGCUCUAAGGAAACCAUGGCUGAGGUGGCACCUCCUGCGAGGAAUUUAAAUUCCCCUUCUCCAGCAGAUCAAACCAGGAACAAAAAAGAGGGUCUGGAGAUCCAGCAGAGCCUGAGCCGAUCAGUGGGUCCUACAGGCCCUUUCUUCCCUUCCUGCCUGCCGGGGACGCUUCUCAACACAGCCACCUAUGCACAAGCUUUAUCCCAUGUCGCCUCUCUAAAAGGGAGCCCUCUGUGCUCAUGCUGCGUUCCAGACCCCAUGGGCCUCUCCUUCCUGCCCACCUACGGCUGCCAAAGCAACCGCACCGCCAGCGUGGCCGCGCUGCGCAUGAAGGCGCGCGAGCACUCGGAGGCCGUGCUCCAGUCUGCCAACCUCCUGCCUGCCGCCAGCAGCCCCACUCCUCCUGCCAAACCCGGCCCCGAGGGCAGCCAGGACAAGCAGCCCUCCCCAGCCAAGGAGCACAUGGAAGGGGAGAAGAGCGUAUGA